AUGGAUGAAUUAACCUCUUUUCUAGGUUUUCAGGUGAAGCAAUCUCAAGAAGGGAUAUUCAUUUCUCAAACCAAGUAUGCAAGUAACUUGGUGAAGAAAUUCAAUGUAGCUUUGAGCAAACCAGCUCAAACUCCUGUGAGUCGAAGCACUAAGCUAAGUAAGGAUACAAUAGGAAAGUCUGUGGAUCAGACUUUGUAUAGAAGUAUCAUAGGAAGCUUACUUUACUUGACUGCAAGUAGGCCUGACAUUGCAUUUAGUGUUUGUGUGUGUGCUAGGUACCAAGCCGAUCCCAAGGAAUCUCACCUUUCAGCAGUGAAAAGGAUCUUGAAGUACAUAAAUGAUACACUAGACUUCAGAAUUUUCUAUUCAAAGGAUACUAAUGCGUCAUUGGCAGGUUACUCGGAUGUUGACUGGGCAGGUUACAGCGAUGAUAAAAAGAGCACUUCAGGUGGAUGUUUCUACUUAGGUACAAACUUGGUAGCUUGGCAUAGCAAAAGGCAUAAUGACAUCUCCCUCUCCACAACUGAAGCAGAAUACAUAGCUGCUGGAAGUUGCUGUACUCAAUUGCUUUGGAUGAAACAAAUGCUCGUUGACUACAGAUUGGAACAGGAAAGUAUGACCAUAUUUUGUGAUAAUAUGAGUGCUAUUAACAUUUCCAAAAAUCCUGUUCAACAUUUUAGGACUAAGCAUAUUGACAUUUGUCAUCAUUUCAUUCGAGACCUUGUUGAAAGCAAUUGUGUGAAACUUUAA